UCAUUCAUCGCUAACCAUCCCAACUACGUCCUUCGUUCAACUAAACAGACAAGAGAACAGGUCUCACCCAAAAAGCACACGGACAGAUCAGUUAUGCAAGCUUAAAUGACCACUGAAAACUGAUUACAAAGACCACGUCACUGAUUACAAUGGAUCCAUCACCUCUAGCCCGACGUCGAGACCGUCGGGCUGCCCCCCGCAGCCGGACCACCACCGCAUGCGCUCGCUGCCAGAAACGAAAGAUUCGGUGUGAUGGUGUGGUCCCUGUCUGUGGUGGUUGCCAACGGGCCCGUGUGGACUGCGUUGAGGGGUGGAAUGUCCGUGACAUUUCCCGAAGUCACGUGGAAGAGCUAGAAGCACGAAUUGAAUGGCUCGAGUCGAUCAUACAGGAGCACCUGCCACAUAUUGACCUCAGCAAGUCUGACUCUGAUUACUCGAUUCGUCCUCGUAGCUCUGACUACGGAGUGCCUACCAAUCUCGCUACUUCUGAGACCGUUGUCUCGCAGACUGCACAUAUCAGGGAUGGCUGGAACCCAGCUCGUGAUGUAACAGAUCAACUAGGUCUGGUCUCGGUCAAUGCUGGGGCGGAUCUGCGUUAUCUAGGGCCUUCUAGUGGACUGUUCUUCACAAGAUUUGUGCUAACAGGCCUUGAGCGGCGAGCUGGGAUAGCACGAGAGUCACCUCCAGCUUUGAAGAGCAAUCAAUCUGUCCCUGCGGAGCUCCUCGAUCUCCAACCGAAGGAUUUACCAUCGGACUUAAAACAGGCGCAAUGGUUGACGCAGGCAUAUUUCGAGGCGGUUCAUUUACAGUUUCCGUUUCUUCACAGACCCACUCAUCUGGAACUUCUGCAAAAGGCUUACAGCGGUGUAGAUGUCACACCUGUUGAUCAAUUUCAGAUCUUCAUGGUCCUGGCUAUCGGUGCCACCAUCCGAUCACGGCAAGCUAAGGUGCUACUUUCAGCUGAAGGUUACUGCGCCUCUGCAAUUGUUCACUUGGAUGCCAUUUUUCAGAAAUCUUCUCUACGUGGUGUGCAGUGCAUGCUGCUUCUACAGAUGUACACAAUCAACAACCCAACUUCAGGGAUUAGCUUAUGGGCCCUUCAUUACAACUCCCUAGCCGUCGUGAUGGAGCUCGGAUUACAUCGCAAUGUUCGGGACUCUGUCUUCACCGAUUUCGAUCAGGAGAUGCGCACUCGAGCUUUCUGGUGCGUGUAUACGAUGGAUCGCUACUUGAGCACCUUACUCGGCAGGUCGAUAGGGAUAGUGGACGAGCAAUGCGAUUUGAGGUUACCGCGAGAAAUCAACGAUGAAGACUUGAAGCCCAACCAGGAGAUACUGGCUCAAGCGCAGCCUUCUGGAGCUAUAACCGUUAUGUCUAGCGCGAUCCAUCUCUUCAAGCUUGCCCGGUUCAACGCUGAAAUCAAAUGUGUGCUAUAUUGCGUCGACCGAAAUUAUCCCCCUUACACGCAGCCUGUCAUAACGGACGUCCAGCAAUGGCAGGAAGAUAUGCUGAACCGUCUGCGCCAGUGGAAAUCGUCCAUCCCGUGCCACCCCCAAGGGAGCUCAGCAUGCUAUAUGAAUGACUUGCUUGAGAUCAAGUACCACGAGCUAGUGAUGCUGAUCGUACGUCCAAGUCCGCUCUUCAACCAUCCCUCCAGAAGCUUGAUACGCCUGUGCUUCCAAUGUGCCUUGGAAUGCAUCCGGCUUUACCACAAGCUGUAUAUAAACAGCAUGCUGCACUAUAAUUGGAUGAACGUACAGUCGUUGUUUCUAUGCGUGAUGACGAUAUUUUACUGCGUCUGGCCGCCGGACGGGGUGGGCGAAGAAACUGACCUCGACACUGUUUUACACGCACUAAAGUCCGCGUCCGACAUUCUAAGUGCCACUGGGGAGUAUUGGCUUGAAGCCAAGAGAAGCCGGGAUGUGCUGGAUGGCAUCACGAGGGCUACGGUGCGGCGGUUCGCACGAAGUCUUAUGCGGGCGGGGCAGUCAAAAAUAUCACACCCAGUCGGUGAGACUCAUUAUAGCCUUGCUGGUGAUGAGCCGAUUGGCUCGAAUAGAUUGGACACUGAAGGGUAUCCCGCUGGUAUCGGAGAGGCUGAACAGGACUUAUUUGAUCCGUACUAUGUCCCAACGCAGCAGCCUACUGCCACGUCCGAGCUCUUGUCGUUCUUUGCGGAGCCCCAGUCCGAGACGACCUUGGACUGGUUGAACCUUCCGUGGGAUCUCCCCGGCGGGAUGGGAGAGAUGAUGCAAGAUUUGGUCUCUGGAGGCAAUUAGCCUGAUGGUGGAAGAUAUAAUCAAUGCUGUUACUGUACAUCUAGGAUAUAUCCCGUGUAUUCCG